UGCAGAUCCAGCUGAGAGAUAAUGAAUCUGCAUCAUAUGGCUGACCAAUUUAUUGGAAAAUAGUAUUGCAUAGCUGAAAGUUGGAUCGAAGAAGAUAAAUAGGAAUGAACUACUAAAUGGUCAAGCCAUACAUAUUUGGGACUUCUAUUUAAGGAUACAACUUCAUAACAUGCAUUCAGUGAAUUAUUGGAUUCUCAUGCCAUACAUAUUUGUGACUAUGUCAUGUAUGUAGUAAAGUGAACAUUUAAAGGAUUCAUCGACACCUGUGUGCAACGUUCAUAAACUUACAGAGUUCAAAUGAAUUUGAUGAGAAAAAAACAAGAAAAGUUUCGAUAUUUCUUCAAAAUAUUGUGGACUAUAAAUACAGUGAAUGGAUCAAUGUUACCAAAAAUAACUAGAGAUAUUUGAUGAAUACGAAACAGCUCAUUGAUGGAACAAAUGUUAAGUUUCAUUAGAAAAGCGAGGCAAUGUAAACAAAGUUUAAAAAAUGGACAUAAGCAAUGUCUCAAAGUUUACUUUUUGCUGUGAUAGGAGAGUUUGAAAAUUUGUAUUCAAUAUUAAAGAGGAAUGAUGGAUAGCCAGUAUGAAAAUGUGAAAAGUUAUAUUCAGACAUAUGUGAAAAUGUGAAUCAGCAAAAUGUGAAACCAGUGUGAGUUAAGUGGAAAAAUGUGAAACUGUAGAAUUGUGAUAAAUAGUUACUAUUUUUUGAUAUACUAUAUGACUCCAAUAGGAAGGCAAAUAAUGGACAGAAAACACAGUAAGAUAUCAAGACAAAGAAUUUGAGCUGAUGUGCAUUGAACCAAAACUGUGAUACAUAAACAUUCCAUGUGAAUCAAAAUGUGAAAAAUUUCACAUUUAAAGACAUUCCAUUAUUAGUUAGAGACAAUAAUGGCAGAAAAUAUGCCAAAUUAUUUGCAGUUUAACAAUUACCUUGGGUUUAGAUACUUUGCCCUGACGUCAUUCAUGGCAUUCACUUUAUGUAUUUUACUGGAGCUUCAAUUUUUGAUGAAACCUGAAUACAAAAUGCCAACACCAGUGGGAAUUUCCCACAAUCACAUAUCAGCAUUUUUCCAAGGCAGGAUGGGUAAUCACCUCUUUCUUUAUGCCUCAUUGAUUGGAAUUGCAAAUUCAACCAAUAUGGAGCCGUUUGUUCCGCCUGACUGCUCUCUGUGGGAUAUUCUUGAACUUAAGGCCAAAAAAGGAGGCCGCAGUUACCAUCAUUUAGGAAGGUACAUUUAUUUCAAGGAAAAUCUUUCAAAUACUUACGACGCAAGAACCCAAGAAUUUGACACGGAUACAUAUAUUGACGAGUCCUAUUUACAAUCUUGGCGUUAUUUCAAUCACAUUCGAAAUACAAUCAAAGAGCAUUAUACAUUUAAACCAGAAAUUAAGAAUGCAGCCGAGAAAUAUAUUCAAAAUGUUGUACGGAAUGAUCCAAAAGGAGUGACUAAAAUUGGCAUUCAUAUUCGUCGAGGAGAUUUCUUACAAGAUUAUUUCAAGGAUUAUGGUUAUGUCGUAGCGACUGCCGAUUACAUCCACAAAGCUAUGAAAUAUAUGAGAGAACAAUUUCAAUCACAUAGAUUCUUUAUAUGCACGGAUGAUCAUUCAUGGGCUCGUUUAAAUAUCCCAGAAUCCUUGGAUGUGACGUUUGUAUCAUCAACAUCUGCGAUCGAUGACUUCGCCCUAUUGGCUAGUAUGGAUCAUAUGAUAAUGACGCAAGGUUCAUUUGGAUGGUGGGCGGCAUAUUUAGCUGGUGGGACUACAGUCUAUUUCACAGGAUAUCCAAGACCAGGAUCUGAACUUGACAAACAGUUUAAUAAAAGAGACUACUAUCUUUCAGAAUGGAUAGGAAUGGCAUGAAGAUUUUGAAUUUGUAAUGUCACCACCACCAAAUUGUGACAUAUUGUUACAACCACCAAAUUGUGACAUAUUGUUACAACCACCAAAUUGUGACAUUGUUACAACCACCAAAUUGUGACAUAUUGUUACAACCACCAAAUUGUGACAUAUCAUUACAGGCACCAUUUUGUGACUGGCAUUUGGCAUCUGUGACAAAUUGUUACAUUUUUUCACUCCAACUUUGUGGUGACAUUUUGUCAUUGUGAAUGCCAUGCUUUUCAUCUUUUCUCAAAAUAACCCUUGCUCCUUUGUGUUAACGCCUUUUUAUAAAGAUCCUCAACCUGCAGAAUUGUUUCUUCAUUUUAUAAACUCAGGUCAUAUCUCAUCAAUAGUUACACAUAAAAAAUAUUAGCAAAAGCAGGUGCAAAAUUCUACAGGUUUAGCAUUUUUUAUUGAAAGGCAUUGAAAUUAUGUAAUCAUUUCAGAAGUGGGCAAAUAUUUAAUGAUGGAAAUCAAGAUUAUAUCUACUUGUAUCCUGUAUUACGCAUGCAAAAGUUCUAGAAAAUAGUUUGAAUCAAUGUUUGUUGACCAUGAAAAUGCGAAAUUUCUUGUUACUAUUGGAGUUGUUUAAUAUCAGGGUUAACCCUUUGCAUUCUAAACUUAUUUUUGAAACAAAACAAAUCACAAAAUAAUCUUAUGAAUGUAAAAAUGAUGUGCCAAUUAUACAGCAUGAAAUAUUUUCUAUUUUUACAAGUCAAGUAACUAAUUUGGUCACUGUAGUUUCUGUAGCAUUCCAAAUUAGAUAAUAUAUUUUUUUUUUAGCUCACAUGAAAUCUGGAUGUUUUUCUGGGGGCCAAUUUUGUUAUCUUACAUACAUGUAGAUUUACAU